AUGGCAACGGAUGCUUGGAAGGUAUUAUGUGUAAAUUUGGUACCGGUAGUUUUGAAGGUGACUUUUGAAGAAAUGUAUAUAAAGUGGAACCUGUUUGCAAAUAUAAAUUAUGAUCCUUGAAGGAUUGUUUUCAUAUAAAAUACUCUAGCUAAUUGAUUUAGUCAGUUCUGAUAAGGGUAAGGCUUACUAUAGCAUUUGGGUUUGAAAUAGGAUUAGUGUUACCUAGGGUUUAGAUUAGUAGCAUUUUGAUUAUGGCAAGGAUUGGGGAAAUCACUGCAUUAAUACUCUAACAUAAUUAUUUUACUGUUGUAGAAGCAUUCUCUACAGAAUUCUGGAUCUCGGGAUUUUCAUAACGGUGACUAUUAUUUCUCUAAUGGCAAACAAGCAAAUAACUUUCAUUCGAAGACAAGGGAAACUGGAGUGAUUGAAAAACUUUGUGUACGUGCAUGCAUGAUGUUUGAUUGAAUUGAAUUUCAUUGAUAUUUUGACUUGGAAAUGUGUUACAGUAUUUUGCAUCUAAAUAUGUCAUUUUGUUGGCAGCAAACAUAUGGUUUCAUUGAGUGUGCAGAGCAAGAUCUAAGAGUGUUUUUUCACUACAGUCAGUACAAGGGACAUGCUAGCGAGUUGGAAACUGGAGGUGCGCUAAAAACUAUCUUGUGUUACAAUCCAUCUUUUGUUCUGCCGAGUGGCAGAUAUCAUCAAUGAGAAAAGUGCUUGAGCAGAAUGUUGUGUUGUCAUAACAUGACUGUUAAGCCUUGUUUAAUGCUUUCUUCAUGUUUUUGUUAAUGUGUUUGUGUAGAUUCUGUUGAAUUUGACGUAACAUCAGAUUCGCGUACAGGAAAACCAAUUGCAUGUCGUAUAUUGAAGUUGGAACAUGGCAGUGUCACUUUUGAAGUAAGUAUCUCACUGUAAGAAGAUGACCACAAGAGCCUUUCUUGACGUCCUAAAAGUUACAAAACUAAAUUUUUUGAAUAGGUUAAAAGUGAAGAGAGAGUGACUGGUAAAGUUGAACUGGAAGCCACCAAACCUACACGAUACAGCUAUCCUAAACAGGUAUUUAUUGCUUUAGAAAGAAUACUUAAUAAUAACUUCCACUCAGACGUUUUCAACUAUAUUUUGAUCUUUUCUAUGUUUCAGCCUGCAUCCCGCAGUAGCGUCUCAGAGGCAGGCCGUGUUAGCUACGACGUGAAUGGCGUAAGUAGAUUGAUGAAACUGUGGGUAGCAUUGAUGUCAUGUCAACUUGCCUGGGAGGUGGGGGUGAUGUGUACAGUAUAUUUAUGUAUUUUUGUAUCUCUACUUUUUUCUGUUGUCCAGGAAUCAUUCUUCCUACCAUAUUACCAAGCAGAAAUUCUUUCAAACUCUCAGCUCUACAAAGGAGACACUGUCUCGUUCUUCAUUCUUGAGAACAAACGGUUAGCUUUGUUAGUUAUCGAAAUAAUCCUGUUUGAAUUCUUACAUCUAACUUUAAAUCUUCAUAAUCAUCAUUUUUGAUAUAAUCUAAAUUAUGUAAUCUUAUAGGAAUGGACAGCAUUGUGCAGUUGAGUUGCUGCUGGUUGAAGCAGCUCCUCCUGUCUAUGUCCAGGGAAUAGUUUGCUCAUUGAAGGAGUCGUUUGGUUUCAUUGAGAGAGCUGACAAAGUGAAUGAGGUCUGUUGUACCAUGUACAAAUUUAAACUGCUGUACAUGCAUAAGAAUAUACUCGUUUAUCCUUUGCAUGCAAAAGUUGUUUCUCAUCGUAUCUGGACAUAUAUUUGUUUGUUGUAGAUAUUUUUCCACUACAGUGAGUUUCAGGGCGAUAUUGGUGAUCUGUUACUUGGAGAUGAUGUGCAGUUUGUCGUUCACGACCGCAAUGUACGUUGAAACUUGCUCUUACAAAUCUUGCCGAAGCUUACCAUAUUUAGUGUCAUAAUACAUGCUUCUGGAAAUAUGUCACCUUGGCUAUAGAGCCUGCAGAUUAUAAAAAAGAGCCAUCAAGUUUAGAUUAGUGCCAGACUAAGAUUAGAUUAGGGUUAGAUUAAGAUUAAAUUAUGGUCAGAGGCUAGAUUUGGGGUUAGGAUUAGUUAGCAUUAGGCGUUAGGUAUCCGACACCUAUUUUUACCGCAUAUAAUUAUAGCGUUAAUUACGUUUUAACUCAAUACGCCUAUAAGCGUGUAACUAUGUGCGCAUUGGGUGAACAUUCAACGAAUGUUUGUUUCAUCUGUGCUGCCGAAACUGACGUAGAAUAUCACUCUCAUUGCAUGAGCAUUUAUAAAAAAAAUUUACAAGAAAAAAAGAAAAGCCGACCUACCCUACCAGAUAUUUUUUGGCCUAACUGUAAUUCGUAAUCAUUACAGGGUAAAGAAGUUGCAGUUUCCGUGGAACAUCUACCAGAGGGCACGGUGAAAUUUGAAGACUGCAGUAAAGACACAUUCCAAGGCACAGUGGAUAAAGUUUUUAGUCGAACAAAGAGACAAGAACCAUUAAAUGGCAAAAUAUUCUACAGCAUUAACGAUGGUACUUCAGAACUACCUUAUGGCGAGAAAGAUGUCCUGGGCGAAUUCACCAUUCUACCUGGUGAUGUGGUUGGCUUCAAAAUUGCAACUGGUAAAUAGCCGGAUUUAGAUGUAUUGGAUGAUCCAGCCGGACGAACGUUAACCUGUUGCCUGCAGGUGUUUAUUUGCGGACGGCGCAUAUAAACGCCGCCCGCAUAUAAACACCUGCUAUGCAGGCUAGACGAACUUGUUUGAUAAUUAGUCUGUGUCUGUGCAUCCGUCAAGACAGUGGCGAAGUCAGCCCGGCAAUUUGGUCAUGUUCUGCAAAUAUUUCCGUGUUCACACACCGUGAAAACAAUCAAUUUCUAAAGAAUUGAAUAAUGAUAAUGAUUUACAAUUUGCAUAGCGUGACCAAAUUGUUGGGAAGCCUCGCAGUGCCUCGGAAGGUCGUCUCCAAUUGGAUGGGGGUUUUCUAAAGAACGAAGCAAUGUCAUUGUUCUGAACACAAAAGCAAUUGUCAAAUCGAGCCAAUGAAAAUCACUCUUCCGAGCUGGAAUUGCCUAUUGACAAACAAUUCUGUUUUUAAAUGUUUUCGUAUUUUACGUAUAUAGAUCGACGAGAUUCUUUGAAGAGAGCGACAGAGAUUUAUCUGAUUAAAGAAGUAGAGUCCUUCAACGGUGGCAGUGUCAGAGAAAGGGUUAGUAUUUAUGCACACAUAAUAUCUCAAUAUAUUUCUCAUCGCAACACUAGCUUACUGGUAGGGUUUUGUCUUGUACUAGGGUUUUGUAUCGGCGUUAAAAGAUGGUUUUGGUUUCAUUCAAUGUUGCGACAGAGAUGCGAGAUUGUUCUUUCAUUUCAGUGAACUUAUUGACACGGUGAGUGUAAAUUAAAGCUGUUACUUUGUUUUCUUGUGGGUGAGUAUUUUCAUUAUUUUUGCCAGAAAGCAAGUAAGAUAAUCACGUUUCUUUUUCAAUGAAACUACAGGAACAAGAAAUCAACUUUUCGGAUGAGGUGGAAUUUAGCGUUGUUGACGUAAGAGAAUACUUGGUCUUGUUCGUGUCAGUACAUACAUUAUACAAUAUGCAUAAUGACGUCACAAAGCUUGAUGCUUGCUAUGAAUGCUGGUCUCAGUAGUCAUCGUCCGGGAAAAUUAAACAAUUCAAAAUGGCCACUACCGAUGACUACUAAGAUCAGCAUUCCUCGCGGGCAUCAAGCCUUGUGGCGUCAUUCUGCAUAAGGUCUAUUAAGGCAAAAGAAAUCAAAGGUCACUCUGCUUUCUAUCCUUGUGUUUAGGAUCAAGUUACCAGACGCCUUCAUGCAAUUCGUGUGAGAAUUCUACCAAGAGGAAGUAUUAGUCUGAAGGUAUGGGUCAUACAAACCCGUUUCCGACUUGCAUACAUUGCGAUUCUCUUCCAUUAUAAUUUUGUAUCUUUUUCUAUCAGCCAAUGACAGAAGAAUGGUUCAGUGGAAUUGUGGAUCGUGAACCACUCCCUUGGAUGGGAAGAAGCCCGAGGAAAGGAGAGCGAGAAAGGUAGAAACUAAAGAUGAACUACGGUGGUUUGGAUCUAAAUUACGCGAAGAAAACAUUUCAACGUUUCUCGCGAAGGUUGUUGAUCAGAAUGUUAGUCGCCACUGCUAACUAAUUCUCAUGUUUGUAUUCUUGUUUGAUUUUCAGAGACAGUGAGUGUGGCUUGAUUGUUGCUUGCAUUGAAGACGAGAAAAUUACCUUGCCGUUUUUACCAGCUGAUUCUGAUCUUAGGGCGAUGGCAAAGUUCGGGGAUCAGGUAUUUAAAACAUUCCUACAAAAUUCCUGACUUUUUCUAGGUGACCGACGUUCGAUUCCUGCAGUAUAGGCAGAUCUCGCUAACUCUCCAUAAUUUGAUCUUUCAGGUUGAGUUUCAGGUUUCUGUCAGUGAGAGGACUGGACACCAGAUGGCGGUGAACAUGACGGUGAUGAAACGAAAUAGUGACGUCAAACAUCUCGUACGUAAUGACGUCAUCGUGAUUAACUAAUGAAUCUGAUGUAUAAUUUGAAAUUCUAAUGAGAUACCAAACUAGUUGGUUAACCUUAUUGUGUAUCUAGGUCUGGCUUACGGGGUUAAAUUUCUAGGCGAGGGGCCUUACCCUUUACCAAAUUCAAUGAAGGCAUGCAAUUCUCCAUCUUGUAUUGAAGGGAUUUGUUGCCACACUGAAGGAAACUUUUGGAUUCACUGAGCUGGCUGACCAUGAGAAAGAAGUCUUCUUCCGUUUUGCGUAAGUGUAAACGACAUGAUAGUUUUCUCACGAAGGGUCGUCGCCCAGAUUGUUCAGACAAACCAUGGCAGCUUUUUUUGUAAUAUUUUGUUAUGUUUCCUCUAGUGAGUAUGAUGGUGAUAUCGAUGAUCUCUCGAUUGGUGACGAAGUUGAGUUUAAUAUCACUUCAAAGGGCGGAAAAGUUGCUGCUGAGAGGUUGGUCAAACUACCCAGUGGCACUAUCCCACAAGAGGUAAGAUGAAAAGAAGUGUAAAGUUUUUUAUAUUAAUGUAUUGUAAGUGUGCCUGUGUUCUAACGUUUUAUAUUUUCUAGACUGUGAUAUCGGAUGCUUAUGAAGGAAGAAUACUUCGCCCACUGCGUCGAGCCGAUCCUCAGGUAGUUAUUCAUGAAUUUUAUUGUCGACUAGCCCCCCACCCCCCCCCCCCCCCCACACUCAGGCAAGGCAAUCUGUUGAUAAAGUCAAUCAGUUGAUUGAGGUUCUUAAUGUUUCUCUUGCAGCAACUGCAUUACCAAGGCUUGAUUGAGUACUUUGUAGAAACACCAGAUGAUUAUGAUGGCAAGGAGACUGAAGAUGAUAACGACGAGUCAGUCUAUGUUAUCCCUUACGGUAUAACUGGUCUGGUUGACAAGAAAACUGUAUUACAGUGUGGAGAAAAGGUAACGAAUCAACACCUACCUUACCUACCUAUCUACAGUACUGAACCUACCUCCUACCUACAGUCCUUACCCACCUACCUGCAUCUACCUACCUACGACUACCUACCUACCCCCACCUACCUACCUACCCCCACCUACCUACCUACCUACCUACAGUACCUACCUUCCCCCACUUAAAUACCUACCUACAUCUAUGUAUCUACCCCCACCUACCUACGGCUACCUACCUACAUAUUACAGUACCUACCUACCUAGUUACCUACCUACCUCCACCUACAUACCUACCUACAUCUAUCUACCAUUAACCCGUAAUCCCAUCAUUUCUUGUCUAUUAGGUCGAGUUUCGCAUUGGUUGUUUGGAUGCCUCGGACAAAAGAUUUGCUGUUGAAAUUACUGCCAAGCGAGAACGAUUGAGGGCUGUGGUUGAGUCAGUCAAGGGAGAGGUAGCUAUGUGAUUACUUAAUGUUGUAUUCUACAUUACGGUGACGUGGUUUGUGUCUGAAAAACACUUCAAGAAUACUUCCAUUUUUCCAGCGAAAGCCCUUCGUAAGAAGUUGGUGAUGUGGGUCAUUAACCUUCUUCUUUUCAAUAUUUUUUCACAGUAUGGUUUCAUAGCGUAUGAAACGGACGAAGCAAAGAAUUUGUUUUUCCAUACAAGCGAGAUCGAAGACGAUACUCUGUCAAUUAAGGUUAGCAUCCAUCAUAAGAAAUGUUAAAUAUUGUUCAGUUUAAUAAUAUUUUUCAGUAAUAUUUUUAUAAGUAAUAUUUUUCAGUUUACUUUCUAACGGAUCAUGUAUUAAAUUGUAGACCGGCGAUACUGUAGAGUUCUUUAUCGUUCAAAAUACUCGAAAUGGCAAGCUCAGUGCGUCUAAGAUCUCUGUUGUGAGGUAGGUUGUACAUGAUUGUUUUUAGUGUGUCAAAAAAUAUGCACCCGACUUUUCAGUUCGUCUGUUUUAGUAUUUGAUUUCUUUCACAACGUACUUUGAUUUUUAGUGAGAGGCAAAGACCUGAGCGUCUUGUGCGACGAAGUUUGGGCCUCAAUGGAGACGAUCAAGCUCUCAAGUAAGUCUGAAUUAAUACUGUUGUGUUGUAGUUUGGUUAGCGCAUGUAUUCAGUAUUUAUAAAGUUAGUUCAAGUUGUAUCCUGUACUGACACUGUGGACCUACAAGGAAUGAUCUUUACUGGACCCUAUAGGGAGAACAGUUUAGAAAUAUUAGCCUCUCCAGUGUAACUAUAAAGUUAGUUCAAGUUGUCUAUUGUAUUACUGUAACACUGUGGACCUACAAGGAAUGACCGUUACUGGACCUCUAGGAAGAACAGUUUAGAAAUUUAAGAACAGUUUAGAAACAGUCAAUCUAACACUGUCGACCUACAAGGGAUGAACUUUACUGGAUCUCUAAGAGUUAGGUUUACGGAUGGUGAAGACAGUCCAUACUUUCUUACAGGUUUGCAAUUAUUCGUCAACCAACAGGACCAGACAAUACUCGUGGCUUCAAGCACCAGAGAGCCCUUGAUUUGGUUGAUAACAUCUCAAAUCUCACUUUAGACGAACAGGAGUAG